AUGGGUUUAGACUACGCGUGGAUACAUCUGAUUUUCACGAUACCCCCAGCAGUAAUACUAACCAUUAUACUACGUCCUUUGGUCACGAAAAUCGACCUGUACAAGAUCGUCUUCCUUGUUUCCGUCGCUGUCAUCUACACCAUCCCAUGGGACUCCUACUUAAUACACACCAAAGUAUGGACAUACCCGCCCCAUGGAAUCCUUGGUCCCACACUCUGCGAGAUUCCUCUCGAGGAGUUGUUCUUCUUUGUCAUCCAGACCUACAUGACCUCGCUCUUGUACAUACUGGUCAACAAACCCACCGUCUACCUGACGUACCUCUUCGAUGACACUGACCCACGGAAGAGUCAUGUUCAAUAUUUCCGAUGGCGGAAAAGGCUUGGCCAAGUCUUCUUCGCCUGCUUCACCCUGUCCUCCUACUACUUCAGUACCCUUCCAUCGUCCAAAGGCACGUAUCUUGCUCUGAUAUGCGUUUGGGCCGGUCCUGUGGUCUUCGCGCUCUGGUCUCUUGCCUAUCAACCAUUGUUAACGCUUCCAAGAUCGAAAACCUGGUUGCCCAUCAUCCUGCCAACAGCAUAUCUAUGGAUUGUUGACACCAUUGCAUUACUGCGUGGUACUUGGACCAUAGAAUCUGGGACCAAAGUUGGUCUGCAGAUGUGGCCCGGACUGGAGGUUGAGGAAGCGUUGUUCUUUCUGGUCACAAACACGCUGGUUGUCUUUGGACUUACCGCUUUUGAGAACGCCUUGGCAGUGGUGGAGGCAUUUCCAGACAAAGUGCCAGUUGUCCCAACCUUCCCCAGUCCCAGCCUACUGAUGCAAGCAUUGUUCCUCUCGCCGGCAGAAUACGACACUUCACGGAUCAAUGGCAUCAGAGAGGCUCUGAAGAAUCUCUCUGCCAAAUCCCGCUCCUUUUAUCUCGCAAGCUCGAUUUUUAGCGGUCGUCUACGAUUGGACCUCAUUCUGUUGUAUGCAUUCUGUCGCGUUGGGGAUGAUCUGGUUGACAAUGCUGGUUCUGCAGAAGAAGCAGAGCGCUGGAUUUCUCAUCUUACUGUCUUUUUGGAGACUUCAUAUUCGGCGGAUCAUUCCAAGAGGAAGCUUGACGAAGCACUGGCACCAUUUCCGCCAGCCAGUCGUGCGAUAUUGGCACUCCUUCCAACCCAGGCCUUGCCUUCGCAGCCUCUCUUCUCUCUUCUCGAAGGAUUUACGUCUGAUGUCGACUUCUCUCGGCUCAAAGGGAAAGUUCCAAACAAGGAAGCGGCCAGAUUCCCAAUCAAGACAGCAUCUGACCUCGAAAUCUACGCGUCUCGUGUGGCUUCCACCGUGGCGGAGCUGUGUCUUCACCUGGUCUAUCACCAUGAGCCUGGUUCAAACACCAAGCAAAACUCGUUUUCCUCCAUGAGCAUUCGUGAUAGAUGUCUCAAGAAUGGUGCCAAAAUGGGCCUCGCCCUGCAAUAUACAAACAUUGCUCGAGACGUUUACGUGGACGCUAGAGAUGGAAGAUGCUACCUACCGACCGAUUGGCUUCGUGAACAAGGAACCACCCCAGAACAGGUGAUCGAGACACACGGCAGAGCAGACGGCGUGGCUGAAACGAGGAAGCGCCUGCUGGACAAUGCUUUCGCAAUCUACAAAGAGAGCCGAGGAGCCAUCGAAGAUUUGCCUCAAUAUGCACGAGCAGGCAUUCGCGUCGCUGUUGAAAGCUACAUGGAAAUCGGAAGAGUUUUGGUCGAGAAGAUGGCUGCAGGUGGGCCACUUGAGGAGUUAUCAGGUAGCGGACGACGCAAUCGUGCAAGCGUACCAAAGCCACGUCGGCUGCUUGUCGGAUGGGGGGCUUUGACAGGUCGAAGAUCAGGCGCGAUACCAGAGAAGCAAGUGAAAACAGGCUAA